GCGAACCGGGGCGGGCGGAGCGGGCGCGGCACCUGCGUGCUGCUGAGCCCGGCCCCUCGGCGAGCCGAGCCGAGCCCGGCCGAGCCGUGCCGAGCCGAGCGAGGCGCUGCUGGGAAGCGCAUCCCGCCCCGCUCCGCCCCGCCGGCCGCGGCCAUGACCGACAACAUCCCGCUGCAGCCCGUCCGGCAGAAGAAGCGGAUGGACAGCAAGCACCGCGGCGGGUGUUGCGAAUGCCUAAGAUGCUGCGGGAGAAGAGACCCAAGGCCUCGUACGGUUUGGCUUGGCCAUCCAGAGAAGAGAGACCAGCGAUACCCUCGCAAUGUUAUCAACAAUCAGAAAUACAACUUUUUUACGUUUCUCCCUGGGGUGUUAUUUAACCAGUUCAAAUACUUCUUCAACCUUUACUUCUUGCUGUUGGCCUGCUCUCAAUUUGUCGUUGAAAUGAGGCUUGGUGCACUUUACACAUACUGGGUUCCUCUGGGAUUUGUGCUUGCUGUUACCGUCAUCCGAGAGGCCGCGGAGGAGAUCAGAUGUUACAUGCGCGACAAGGAAGUGAACUCGCAGAUCUACAGCAAGCUCACAGCGAGAGGGACUGUGAAGGUGAAGAGCUCUAAUAUACAAGUAGGCGACCUCAUCAUUGUUGAAAAGAACCAGCGGGUCCCUGCUGACAUGAUCUUCCUGAGGACGUCGGAGAAGAAUGGGUCUUGCUUCCUCCGUACUGACCAACUGGAUGGUGAGACAGACUGGAAACUGCGGCUGCCAGUUACCUGUACUCAGAGAUUGCCAACUGCUUCUGACCUACUGCAAAUCCGAUCAUAUGUAUAUGCAGAAGAGCCCAAUAUUGAUAUACAUAAUUUUGUGGGGACCUUCACAAGGGAGGACAGUGACCCUUCCGUGAAUGAAAGUUUAAGCAUAGAAAACACUCUAUGGGCCAGCACAGUGAUUGCAUCAGGUACUGUUGUGGGAGUUGUCCUCUACACUGGAAGGGAAUUGCGCAGUGUGAUGAAUACUUCAAACCCAAGAAGUAAGAUCGGUCUCUUUGAUUUGGAAGUGAACUGUCUUACGAAGAUCCUGUUUGGGGCUCUUGUCGUGGUCUCGCUUGUCAUGGUGGCGCUUCAGCAUUUUGCUGGCCGUUGGUAUCUUCAGAUCAUAAGAUUUCUCCUCCUGUUCUCAAACAUUAUUCCUAUUAGUUUGCGUGUGAAUCUGGACAUGGGGAAAAUUGUCUAUAGCUGGGUGAUCCGCAGAGAUUCCAAAAUCCCUGGGACUGUGGUUCGAUCCAGCACUAUACCUGAGCAGCUGGGGAGGAUAUCCUAUUUGCUCACAGACAAAACAGGAACGCUUACGCAGAAUGAGAUGGUCUUCAAGAGACUUCAUCUGGGCACAGUGGCUUAUGGCCUGGACUCCAUGGAUGAAGUGCAGAGCCACAUAUUCAGUAUAUACACCCAGCAAUCUCAGGACCCACCUGCCGUGAAAGGCCUUACCUUAGCCACCAAGGUGCGUAAAACCAUGAGCAGCCGAGUGCACGAGGCCGUGAAGGCAAUUGCGCUGUGCCACAACGUGACGCCGGUGUAUGAGUCCAACGGGGUGACAGACCAGGCUGAAGCCGAAAGACACUAUGAGGACUCCUGCAGGGUGUACCAGGCCUCUAGUCCUGAUGAGGUGGCCCUGGUGCAGUGGACCGAGAGUGUGGGCUUAACACUGGUGGGCAGAGACCAGUCCUCCAUGCAGCUGAGGACACCAGGCGGCCACAUCCUGAACUUCACCAUCCUCCAGAUCUUCCCCUUCACUUAUGAGAGCAAGCGCAUGGGGAUAAUCGUCCGGGAUGAAUCAACAGGAGAGAUCACCUUCUAUAUGAAGGGCGCUGACGUGGUGAUGGCUGGCAUUGUGCAGUACAACGACUGGCUGGAAGAAGAGUGUGGUAACAUGGCUAGGGAAGGCCUGAGGGUUCUCGUUGUAGCCAAGAAGUCUCUGACAGAAGAGCAAUAUCAAGACUUUGAAGCACGCUACGUGCAGGCGAAGCUGAGCGUGCACGACCGCUCCCUGAAGGUGGCCACGGUCAUCGAGAGCCUGGAGAUGGAGAUGGAGCUGCUGUGUCUCACCGGUGUGGAGGAUCAGCUGCAGGCAGACGUCAGGCCCACUCUGGAGACCCUGAGAAAUGCUGGCAUUAAGGUGUGGAUGCUGACAGGGGAUAAGCUAGAGACAGCCACGUGUACAGCGAAGAAUGCUCAUUUGGUGACACGGACACAGGACAUCCAUAUAUUCAGACUAGUGACUAACCGUGGAGAAGCCCAUCUCGAGCUGAAUGCCUUCCGCCGGAAACAUGACUGCGCGCUUGUUAUUUCUGGCGACUCGCUGGAGGUGUGUCUGAAAUACUACGAGUAUGAGUUCAUGGAGCUGGCGUGCCAGUGCCCUGCCGUCGUCUGCUGUAGAUGUGCUCCAACACAGAAAGCCCAGAUCGUGCGUUUGCUGCAGGAAAGGACUGGCAAGCUCACCUGUGCCGUAGGUGAUGGAGGGAAUGAUGUUAGCAUGAUUCAAGAGGCUGACUGUGGUGUCGGAGUUGAAGGAAAGGAAGGCAAACAAGCAUCACUUGCAGCAGAUUUCUCUAUCACUCAGUUUAAACAUCUGGGUCGUUUGCUGAUGGUGCACGGACGGAACAGCUACAAGCGGUCAGCAGCUCUCAGUCAGUUUGUAAUCCACAGGAGCUUGUGCAUCAGUACAAUGCAGGCUGUUUUCUCAUCCGUAUUUUACUUUGCUUCAGUUCCCCUCUACCAAGGCUUUCUCAUCAUUGGGUACUCCACAAUUUACACAAUGUUUCCAGUGUUUUCCCUAGUCCUGGACAAGGAUGUUAAAUCUGAAGUUGCAAUGUUGUACCCAGAACUCUACAAAGAUCUUCUUAAGGGACGACCGUUGUCAUAUAAAACAUUUUUGAUAUGGGUCUUAAUAAGCAUCUAUCAAGGUAGCAUCAUUAUGUACGGAGCACUCCUCCUCUUUGAAUCUGAAUUUGUCCACAUUGUCGCCAUUUCCUUUACAUCUUUGAUUCUCACCGAGUUGCUGAUGGUAGCAUUGACAAUCCAGACAUGGCACUGGCUCAUGAUAGUGGCUGAGCUGCUUAGUCUCUCCUGCUACAUAGCUUCCCUGGUCUUCUUACAUGAGUUUAUUGAUGUUUACUUCAUUGCAACUUUGUCAUUCUUGUGGAAAGUCACCGUCAUCACUCUGGUGAGCUGCCUUCCCCUCUACGUCCUGAAGUACCUGAGGCGAAGGUUUUCUCCCCCAAGCUAUUCAAAGCUCACAUCUUAGGGCUGCUUUUCUUGCACACCAGAGACGAAUAUUGCACAUGGCUGAGAGACAAAAAUCAUGUAGUUGUUACUAUAAUGAAUACGUCUGAUAUUUGCAUAAGGAUCAUGUAGUAAUCUCUAUUACAUGCUGCUUUAUUGAAAAAGACUUCACAACUACUACAAACGGAAACCUAACAGUACAAGGGAAGGAUUUUUUGAGGGUGGAGGCACUUGUUAGUUCAUCCACUUUUUGUCACUUUUGUUCAACUUAACUGGGGUCAAAUGCAUGCAACUACAAUGAUGAUUGAUUCCUCAUGUGUGGUUAAAAGUACCAAAAGCUGCUAACUGACCUUGGAGUAUAUGUUCGACAAUUUUUAAGUUACAUUUUAAAAAUAUCUGUGGUGUUCCUUGCAUUGUGUAACGUAAUUUUAUUAUUUAUUUUUUUGAUUCAAGUAGGUACAUUCUUUUUACAUCUUGGAAAUCCCUUAACGUAGGUGAUGCACUAUACUGUUGACAGCUGAUUCCUGAUUUAUGGCAUGCUGUUCCCAUAAUGGGGCUCCAGCACGUCGAAUCUACACACACUGGAGAAUCUGAGCAUGUCUGAGAUUUUCCUUCAGUUGAAAUGUGGUCACCCUGGUGAUUUUGGUGGUAUCCAGCCAUCGAUAAAUAGAGAGAAAUGUAAUCUAAAAUGAAGAAAUUCAGUUUUGUUUAGUUCUUGUGCUUCCUGUUAAAAGGAGCUGGUGACAUAAUAACUUUACUCUGUAUUUAUUUGUAUAGGACAAAAUUAUCUAAACUACAGCAAAUCCUCUUUGGAAAAGAAAUUUGCACUUGAUCAGACUUGAAAUGUGUUGACAACGUGAGAAGAGACUUGUAGUGUUCCGCAGACAAUGUGGCAGACAUGUCUUGAAUCCUCGGAGACUGAAAGGAAAGGUCACAGAGCUGCUACUCCUCACAACUACACAAAAUCUGUUUCCUGUUAGGGUGAAACAGUGAAGAUGAGCUGCAAAUAAGCUGAGGCACUCCUAGGUAGAUGUCAUUCUUGACGCCCUCCCUGCAAGGGGAGUUUUUGAGAACCUUGCACUUGCGUUGGUCUAAAACCAAAACUUGAAUGGGAGGCAGGAGCAGGGUCUGUACAAAGGUAUUAGGCUCAUGUGCAGAGCAGUAUACUUGUUUUUAAUUUUCAAAAACUCAAUUAGUUUUGUUUUCAUAAUAACAUAACUUAAUAACAUAAGCAUUGUUCCCCUUAUAACACAGUGAGGAGGGCAACACGUGCACAGGCUGUUCAGGAGAGUGACAGGGUUGCAGGAACCAUUCACCAUUGAAUCUGUGCGUCGAGCAUGGCUGAGCUUUUAUAGUGGCAGCCAUCCUCAUCUAAUGGCUGUUUAGUCUGUGAUAAAUUAGUUGCUUGCUGUCUUGUUCCCACAUCAUAAAAACCACUGUCGUGGCGGGCACAGCCUGGCGCCGUCGCUGGUCAGCUGCACGGAGGGACAGGGAACGGCAGAGCCCAGAGCCUGAACUCCCGCUUGUCUCUUGAGGCAGCCCCUCCAGGUCCAGGCAACAGCACUGGUGUGAGGAGCAGAAGCUCCCUGGUUGCCACUGUGCCAUGCUGAACCCCUUUAAUGGACUGCCAACUUCUGUUGCCAUUGCUACAAGAUGCUGUCGCAAGCAGCACAGUGCUGCAUGAAAAGCUCUGGUGUGAAAAUCAGUGGAAAAUCCGAGUGUUGUUUUAAAGGGAGAGCUGGAGUCUGCGUUGAUCUAUAGCAGCACAUCUUGAAUUUUUAGAUCUAAGAUUGCCAUGACUUACAUGGUUGAUUUUUGGUAAUUUCUCUGAGGAAUGCUUUGGACAACCUGACCUGCCUUCCUUUUUCUCAGUUACUGAGAGGAAAUAGGAAAGAGAGGAAGCAAGUUCCAAAAGCUAUGUAGAGAAAUCAUAAUGCAUGUAGCUUCGGGUGAGAGGAAGGUGCAAGUCCAUAUGGCCUUGUCGUUAGUUCAUGUGGGGGAAACCCUCGUAAUUUAGGAAGUUAUGUUUCAAAAUCCUUCAGGAAUAAGAACAGCCAACACCCUUUAAUCUAAGACAAGGUUUUUUCUUUUGUGCCAGUCUUCUGAUUAGGCACUUGUCUGAAAUCCUAAUACAUGGCAACCACCUUUAGAAACAACCUGCUGACCAAGGAAAUGUAGCUAAUUCUUAGCAGUCACCUUUUAAUAAUUUGUAAAUUUGCCUUUCAUUCUCUUCUAAAUUUUUUCCUAAAAAGAAUAAUAAUAUAUAUUCCUACUCCUUUGACAUGCAUUGGGUAGGGGCUUCAAAGUCCUAUGCUUCUCAUUGAUUUGUCUCAAAGAAGAAAAGCAGUGCCUGAACAGCUCUGUAUCGGAACAAUUGGGCUAGCAGCCGUCUGUGAAUUAUUGCCAAAAGGUACUUCAUGUUGUCUUUAUUGUGACUUGCUACAGUUCCUGGAUAGUGUCAGACAUGCAGCUGUUCUGGAGUCCCCAGUCAGCAUUUGAUUUAAAUAGAUUUAAAGAAAAGAAUCAAUUUUUUUUUUUUUGUCAGCUUCUUGUGACUGAGAAGUCAAGUACCUCUUGUUCUUUGGAAAAUACACCAUGAUACACAUCUUUGUAAAAUCCCUGUCCCUAUCUAGCGUGUAUUAGUAGUUCAAUGUCCUGCAAAAAUAACAGUGCCAUGCUACUGUAUGUAAAUAUUUGAGACGUAUGUAUGGUAGAAUUCACUGUUUCCUGAAGUCAAUACAGUUUACACUGAGUGGACCAUAUUUGCAAAAUAUUAGCCUACACCAAGAAAGGGAGUGAAUUGUGAUUUCAGUAAUAUUUAUUGAAUCAUAACUUUAAUAAUGAAUGCAUAUUUAGUGGCAUUGAGACUAAUCUGUAGCUGUGUCCUGGGGUGGGGAUUAUGUUCCUUUGCAGCUAGUUUUUUUGCACAAGGUUGUAAAUCCAGGAAGUAAUUUCUCUCUGCAUUUUUUAAAUCAAUCAGAAAAUUAAAACUGCCAUCUAACAAACAGCUGGAGAGAGGAAUGAUUGUUGUAUUUUUCAAGUUUAGCACUUUGUCUGAAAUAUAUUUCUCUUAAGUUAUUUAAAAAUGUUUUUAAAAGCAAAGUUUAAUACAUAUGUUCAUACUUACUGUACAUCUGAAUAAAUGUAUUCUCUGCUGGAAAUUUAAAUUAAUCUUUUUCAUCUAGUAUGCUCAUCAUUUGUGCUUAUUGAGAGUGAAGCAUUGUUUUCUUGUAUGUAGUUAUCUUGUUUGUAGAUUUAGUGUUCUUUUUGUUCCUUUUUUGUUGUUGUUGUUCUGGUUUACGUACUGCAGCAGUUCGUAUAACUUGUGAGCUUUGGGACUGCGCUACAAGUGAUGCUGUAGGAUAGCAGUGUGUGUCUUGGUGUGUUCUUGUUUCUUCUGGAUGCUGUAGGGAAGCCUGUGCUCUGUGAUGUGCUGCUUUGGUGGUUAGUUCCGUGCAGAUUUUGUGAUAUGCACUGUUCUCUUCUUGCAUCACUGCAGUAAUUCCAGGUGCUUAACAACCUCUUUUUUUUUUUUUUCUUUUCUUUAACUCUUGGAUAUAUUUCCUUUGUAGGGUUUGCCCCAUUUCUCUUUGCAAACACUUGUUCAGCUCAUACUGCAAUUGAAAUGCAACAUCCUGUGUUCAGCAGCUCAAAUCUGGGCAGGGUCUUAUCAGAACUGGGCUGGGGAGUGAUGAGUGACAUCCCUGGUGUCCCCUCAGAGUUGAGAGCUACAUGCUGAGAGCUACAGCUGUGGUCGGACCAAACUGAGCAGUAUCAGAGGUGUUUUUCUGCAGUCUGCUGAACUAUCACAAAUACUGUGACAAACUCUCUUGCUCACUGCAACUCUUGAUGGAAAUUUUGCUGUGGAUGGGCUGUUUGUCAGGGAGCCCUGGUGAGUUAGAUGUGUGAAUCCCUAAAGCUUGUGUUCUGGCUUUAUCUUUUAAAGAGAGCUGCUGCAUCUUCAGAUAAUAAAUCCUUAGUUUGCACAAGCAGUGCUCUGAACCAGGUAUGUGAACUAUAUUGCAUGCAGCUCACCGUCACACAUCCUUUGUGCACAGCUGGUCAGAUGGGGAUUGACUCAUCUCCACAGCUGCAUAGCUAGGGCCAGCUGAGUGCCCUCUAGAAUCGUCAGUGUGAGCUGGGUGGGCUCUUUUCAUUUUUAUUUAUUAUUAGUUAUUUCAAAGUUAAUAAACUCUGAUUUGCACGAAAUCCUGGGUUCUACAGCUUUGCCAAUAUGGUCCAUUACUACUGCCUACUAUAACUUGUGUACUUAUAUGCCUUUGAGAACACUUUUAAUUGUUAAAAUUUGUUAAAAAUUAAUGUUAAUUUAAUUUAAUUUUUAAUUGGGGAAAUGGAUUCUGUUGUCAAAAGGAUAUUUACUGUGAUGCUGAUGUUUUGUACUUGUCAUCUACUUAAACAACAUGUAAAUACUCUUGAUUCAAGAGAAAUAUGAAUGCCAAUUAUUUAUUGUUCUGUGGAGUUAUAUGUUGCAGAUGUGUAAGAACUUAAAGGGAAUGUUGUAAAACAAGGUGGAAAAAUAAAUUUUAUGCAACUUCUCUAUUUCAUCCA